AUGCAGAGCCCCCAAAGCAGCUGUGGAAGCAACGGUGGCGACAGUAGCCGCGACGACGGAACUAGUGGCGACUUUUGUCGUGAGCUUACACCCUGCCGACUACCUUCUCCGAUAAAGGUUAGUAGCAGAAAUCCCCAAUCCGAUGAGCAAGUUGUUGAUGUCGAUCACUCCCAAUUAGGUUUACCUCACCUUCACGAUUCGCUUAUCCAAGAAAUUGUUCUCAGAUUGCCCGUCAAAUGGGUCUUUAGGUUCAAAGCUGUGUCCCCAAACUGGCUCUCUCGAAUUUCCGAACCCUCGUUUUCUCAAUUGUAUGUUUCUCGGAAAAUCAAUUUCAGAAUCCUUUAUAGGUACGUGUACGUAUCGCAUUUUCGGCAAAUUCUCGAGCGUCUGGAUCCCGAAUCGCCUGAUGUGUACCCAUCUGAGAAUUUCUCUGUGUUGUUUCUGUCUACUCACCAAGAACACCUACAACGCAGGAAACUGUUUAAGAUCUUGGCAACGAGCAAAGGCUUGCUUCUGUCUUGCUUGGUAGCUCCUUUAACUUACUAUAUGUGUGACCCUGUAACCACACAAUGGGUUACUUUACCCAAACCCCCAGACGGUGGUCUAAAUCUGCACCCCUUUUUUAUCGGCGAGGGCUUGAUUGCUUUCGCUAAUCAGGAUAAUAUGGUCACUAGCUACAAGGUGGUUCGUGUUGAAUGGCACCCUGUAGAGUCUGUUUAUCUCAAUUUCGAGGUCUUCUCUUCGGAGACCCCCUUUGAUCCUUACAAUUUUGAGGAAUGUAGACUGAUCGAUUUGCCCAAUUAUAGAGACAUUGAAAGCGAAAAUCAAUAUGAUGGAUCUUACCGUUUGUGCGAGGAGUGCCAAGGGAUGCUUAGGUAUUUUGAGGCAGCUCCUGAUAUCACGGAGGAUAUCUGUUUUAGUAUGUGGAUUAUGAGAGAUUAUAAAAAGGGGGAGUGGAAUUUAGUGCAUCGAGCUACACAUGAUGAAAUUUGGUCGGAUGAUCCUCAAAUAAGUAGCUAUUUAUUUCAUGUUCAUUUCAUUCCAUUAGCAUACCAUCCAUUUAAUUUGGAUAUCGUGUAUUUAAGAUGUGAGGAGAGAUCUUGUAUUGUCGCUUAUAACAUUAAAACAAAACGGUUGGAAGUUUCUUGUAAUCCAGUUGGCAUUGAUGAAAACCUUUCUUGGCGCGUGGUGAUUCCAUUUGUGCUCCCAAUGUGGCCGACACCGCUUCCUAAACGUGUUAGGAGGGGUGUGAAGCGUUCAAGGUCUAGUAAUGCCAGUAGUACAUGUUGA